GUGCACCGGUGAUGAUGGAGCCCCGAGCGGCGUGAAGCUGCAGCCGGUCGCACAACGGCGGGGAUGAGACGGUAGGAGGCUUUUGUAUGGGCUAGCCCGCGGUGAUCAACUCGCCCUAACGAUGUCGAAGAGCCUCAAGAAGAAAAACCACUGGACCAACAAAGUCCACGAAGCGGUGAUAACCCGGGGGAAGGAAGGGGAGCUGGGGUUCGAGCUGAAGGGGGGCGCGGAGAACGGCCAGUUCCCCUACUUCGGCGAGGUGAAGCAGGGGAAGGGACUGAUCCAGAGCGGCAAACUGGCCCAGGAUGAGCUGCUGCUGGAGGUCAACGACAUGCCAGUGGCCGGGCUCACCACCCGGGACGUGCUGGCCGUGAUUAAGCACUGCAAAGACCCGGUCCGCUUCAAAUGUGUCAAGCAAGGGGGGGUGGUUGACAAGGAUUUGCGGCACUACCUCAACCUGCGCUUCUCCAAGGGCUCAGUGGACCACGACCACCAGCAGAUCAUCAGAGACAACCUCUACCUCCGCACUGUUCCCUGUACCACCAGGCAGCCUAAAGAGGGGGAGGUGCCCGGCGUGGACUACAACUUUGUGAGUGUGGAGCGUUUUAUGGAACUGGAACAAAGUGGAGCCCUGCUAGAGAGUGGAACCUAUGAAGAUAACUUCUACGGCACGCCGAAACCUCCAGCGGAGCCGUCCCCGGCAGCACCUCCUCUGAAUGUGAGUGAGGCCCUGCUGCCCGGAGCCCGGCCAAGCGCCCAGGGCAAGAGAAAGAGGAACCAGUCAGUCAGCAACAUGGAGCAGCGCGCCAGCCUGGAGCCGCCUGAGGAGGAGGAAGAGGAGAGCCCGGUUGUCAAUGGCAACGGGGUGGCCAUCACACCAGAGUCCAGUGAACAUGAGGACAAGAGCACAGAUGCCUCCGGGGAGGUUGCUGUGGAAGCGUCGAGCCAACCCCCAGCCUCCGUCGAGCCCCCAACCGAAGGAGAGGAGGCCCCGAAAUCUCCCUCUAAAUCCCCCACCAAAGUCCCAGACGCAGAUGAGGAAGAGCUCGGUCCUCUGCCUGACAACUGGGAGAUGGCGUACACCGAGAAGGGGGAGGUUUACUUCAUAGAUCACAACACCAAAACUACGUCGUGGCUCGAUCCUCGGCUGGCGAAGAAAGCGAAGCCACCGGAGGAAUGCAGGGAAGACG